UAUUUUGCCAGUUCCAAUGCUGCCGGCGGUCGGAAGAGUUGAUAGCUGAUCGAGAGCUCCGCCCGCGGUUUAAACUUUCGAGCACGUUGUUUUUCCCGGAUCCGUCUUCGCGACCCACAAAUAUCAGUGUUCUGCCCAUGCUUGCUCCACUUCAUCGGAAGAUGACGAUUUGCUGAAAGGCAGCAACGAAAAAACUUCCAUUUAUCAACCUCGAAUAACGUCUGCAAAAAACAGCAAAUAUGGCUGUGGAUUAUGUGCUGGAGGACCUCAUGGGAAAACUAGGGGAAUUUGGAAAGUACCAGUUCCUGCAGUUCUUCCUGCAGGUGCUUUCCGGCUUAACCGCCGGCAUGCACAUGCUCUCCCUGGUCACAGUGGCCGCUGUUCCCGAGCACCGCUGCUUCAUCGAGGGCGUGGACGACGGCAAGCUGUCGGUGACCCCGUGGAACUCGAGCGCCAUCCUGGCCGCCAUUCCCCAGAAGCCCAAUGGUGAACUGGAAUCGUGCCUCAUGUUCGAUCCCACUGCCCUGGCCUCCAACCAGACCGUUGCCUGCACAAGUUACGUAUACGACACGACGUACUACAAAACCUCGCGCACCAUUGACUGGGAUUUCGUGUGUGACCGCCGCUGGAUGGGAGCCAUUGUGCAGACCGUGUUCAUGCUGGGCGUGUUCACCGGCGCCGUCACCCUUGGCGGACUGGCCGAUAAGGUGGGCCGAAAGACCGUGUUCUGCUGGUCGGCUCUGUUCCAACUGAUCAUCGGCGUGGGAGUGGCCUUCAUUCCCGAGUACUUCUCGUUCAUGGUGGCUCGAUACCUGCUGGGCAUUGUGGGAUCAGCGGGUGCCUACAUCUGCGGAUUCGUACUGACCAUGGAGCUGGUUGGGCCCACCAAACGCACUGUGUGCGGCAUUACCUUCCAGGCCGUAUUCGCUGGUGGCAUCAUGUUGGUGGCGGGAUGGGGAGCACUGAUCCCUGACCGCAAGUUGCUGCAGGUUAUUUACGGACUGCACGGCUGCCUGUUCCUGGGCCACUGGUGGCUGCUCGACGAAUCCCCGCGCUGGCUGUGGAUGCAGGGUCGUGCCGCCGAGGCAGUGGACAUUGUGGCCAAGGGCUUGAGGAUCAACGGAUCGGGCAUACCGGUGGACAAGGAGUACUACGUGCAGAAGGCCAAGCAGCAGGCGGCGGCCGAGGAGAAGACCAGUGCCGGACUGAGCGACCUCUUCCGCACGCCCAACCUGCGGAUGAAGACGCUAAAUGUGUGUCUCUGCUGGUUCGCCAACUCCCUCGUCUACUACGGACUGUCGCUGAGUGCCGGCAAGCUGUACGGCAACCCCUACCUGAUCCUGUUCAUCAUGGGCCUGGUGGAGUUCCCCAGCUAUAUAACCAUUGUGUUCGUGCUGGAUCGCCUGGGUCGUCGCUCGAUCACCUCCACCCUGAUGCUGGGUGGCGGCCUGUGCUGCAUUGUGGCCGCCUUCAUUGCCCAGGGCAGCACCACUUCCACGGCCGUGGUGAUGGGUGGCAAGCUGCUCAUCGCCGGAUCCUUUGCCGUCAUCUACAACUACUCGGCGGAACUGUUCCCCACCGUGGUGCGGAACUCCGCCAUGGGCUUGGGAUCGAUGUGCGCCCGUCUAUCGGGAGCUCUCACUCCCCUCAUCACGCUGCUCGACUCGUUCGAUCCGAAGAUCCCGGCCGUACUAUUUGGCGUGGUGGCACUUGUAUCGGGCUUCUGGGUCAUGUUCCUGCCGGAGACCAUGAACCAGCCCAUGCCCGAGUCGAUUGAAGACGGCGAGAACUUUGGCAAGGGCGACACGUGGUUCAGCCAGUGCGCUGGCCGCAAGAAGCGACAGAAUAGCGUUUAUGCCGAUGAUCCCGAGCAGAUGGUGCCGCUCAAGAACAUCGAGCGCAAGUAAAAUUAAGCCAAAGAUGAUUGUGCCCAAGUCCCGCAUCCAGUUCAAACUCCCUGUUACCCCCCGUUUUUCUUGUUAAGCAUUUUACUCUUCUGCCUAUUAGUAAGUUUUAAGAAUUGCUAUCCAUUCCAUGUGAAUAAAAUUGUGCUGUAGAACAGGAAAAGCCACAUCAAGUGUGUUAACCUAAAAUUGCAGCCUUUAAGUUGUUUAUAAA